CGCCAUGGCGGCGGAGGGAGAGAAGAAGGGGGCGAUGGAGGCGGAGAAGGGAGCGGCGGAUGCGAGGGAGAUCAUCACCCUGAAGAGCUCGGACGGGGUGGUGCGCCGCGUGAAGAAGGCGGUGGCGAGCCUGUCAGGCCUCAUCAGCCGCUCGAUCGAAGAUGGCUGCGCCGACGGCGACGUCCCCCUCCCCAACGUCGAGGCCAGCACCCUGGACACGGUGCUCGAGUACUGCAACAAGCACGCUGACCCCGGCGCCGCCGCGGCCGCCACCAAUUCCGACUCCGAUCCCACCGCCGCGGCCGCCGGCGGAAGCAGCAGCAGCAGCAGCGUCGACACCGCGGCGUCCGACGACAUGAAGGCUUGGGACCGCGAGUUCCUCGACCUCCUCUCCCUCGACGCCCUUUACGACCUCCUCCUCGCCGCCGACUACCUCCAAAUCGAGGGGCUCCAGGCCGUCAUCUGCCAGAGGGCCGCCGACAUGAUCAAGGGCAAGACCACCCAGCAGAUCCGCGACACCUUCAACAUCGUCAACGACCUCACCCCGGAGGACGAGGAGGAGUUGCGCCAGCAGUACGCCUGGGCCUUCGACGAGUAGGAACCUUCGAACCCAGUAACCCACUUCGUGUUGCUCUAACAUUUGCUACAUCUCGCGAUAUCGAUCUGCCGGCCUAGCGCGUGCCGUGUUCUACUGCGUCC